CCUGGAGGAGGUCUUUAUACUCUGGGGCUGAGAAGAAAUGAGCAGUGGACAGGUUCCUGUAUCACAUGCGGCUCUCCGAUGAGACCCUUUUGGACAUCAUGGCUCGGUUCCAGGCUGAAAUGCAGAAGGGCCUGGGGAAGGACACCAACCCCACAGCGUCGGUGAAGAUGCUGCCCACCUUUGUCAGGGCCAUUCCAGAUGGCUCAGAAAAUGGAGAGUUUCUUUCCCUGGAUCUUGGAGGAUCUAAGUUUCGAGUCUUGAAGGUGCAAGUCUCCGAAGAGGGGAAGCGAAAUGUCCAGAUGGAGAGUCAGUUCUACCCAACACCUAAUGAAAUUAUCCGAGGGAAUGGCACAGAGCUGUUUGAAUACGUAGCUGACUGUCUGGCAGAUUUCAUGAGAACCAAAGAGCUGAUGCAGAAGAAAUUACCUCUUGGCCUAACCUUUUCUUUUCCUUGCAAACAGACUAAAUUAGAAGAGGGUGUCCUGCUUUCAUGGACAAAGAAGUUUAAGGCGCGGGGAGUUCAGGGCACAGACGUCGUGAGCUCUCUGACCAAUGCUAUGAGAAAACACAAGCAGGACUUAGAUGUGGACAUCCUGGCUUUGGUCAAUGACACCGUGGGGACCAUGAUGACGUGCGCCUAUGAUGAUCCCUACUGUGAAGUUGGUGUCAUCAUUGGCACCGGCACCAACGCGUGCUACAUGGAGGACAUGAGCAACAUCGAGCUGGUGGAAGGUGACGAAGGGAGGAUGUGCAUCAACACCGAGUGGGGGGCCUUCGGGGACGACGGGGCCCUGGAGGACAUCCGCACCGAGUUCGACCGGGAGCUGGACCUCGGCUCUCUCAACCCCGGGAAGCAGCUGUUUGAGAAGAUGAUCAGCGGCCUGUACUUAGGUGAACUCGUCAGGCUCAUCUUGCUGAAGAUGGCCAAGGCAGGCCUCCUGUUUGGUGGCGAGAAAUCCUCCGCUCUCCACAUUAAGGGCAAGAUUGAAACACGGCACGUGGCUGCCAUGGAGAAGUAUAAAGAAGGCCUGGCUAAUACAAGAGAGAUCCUGACGGAUCUGGGCCUGGAGGCUUCAGAGGCCGACUGCGUUGCGGUCCAGCACGUCUGCACCGUCGUUUCCUUCCGCUCAGCCAAUCUCUGUGCAGCGGCCCUGGCAGCCAUCCUAACACGCCUGCGGGAGAACAAGAAGCUGGUGCGGCUCCGGACCACGGUGGGCAUGGAUGGCACACUCUACAAGAUCCACCCCCAAUACCCAAAACGCCUGCACAAGGUGGUGAGGAAACUGGUCCCGAACUGUGACGUCCGCUUCCUCCUGUCGGAGAGUGGCAGCACCAAGGGGGCCGCCAUGGUGACCGCAGUGGCCUCCCGCGUGCAGGCCCAGCGGAAGCAGAUUGACAAGGUGCUGGCUUUGUUCCGGCUGACCCGAGAGCAACUUGUGGGCGUUCGGGACAAGAUGCGGGUUGAGCUCGAGUACGGGCUGAAGAGGGACACCCACCCGCUGGCCACGGUCAAGAUGCUGCCCACCUACGUCUGCGGGAUGCCAGAUGGCACAGAGAAAGGAAAGUUCCUCGCCCUGGAUCUGGGGGGAACCAACUUCCGGGUCCUCCUGGUGAAGAUCAGAAGUGGACGGAGGUCGGUGCGAAUGUACAACAAGAUUUUCGCCAUCCCCCUGGAGAUAAUGCAGGGCACCGGUGAGGAGGUAAAUGCCGGGCAGGGGGUUCCACGCUCCGAGGUGCCAGCCUGCCACCCUAUACAGUGCAGGCCUGGCAUGACUGCCGCUCUCUCCCUGCAGCUGUUUGACCACAUUGUGCAGUGCAUCGCUGACUUCCUGGACUACAUGGGCCUCAAGGGAGCCCAGCUGCCUUUGGGCUUCACAUUCUCAUUUCCCUGCAGGCAGGCGAGCAUUGACAAGGGAACACUCAUUGAGUGGACCAAAGGCUUCAAGGCUACUGACUGUGAAGGGGAAGAUGUGGUGGACAUGCUCAGGGAAGCCAUCAAGAGGAGAAAUGAGUUUGACCUGGACAUAGUCGCAGUUGUGAAUGACACAGUGGGGACCAUGAUGACCUGUGGCUAUGAAGACCGUAAUUGUGAGGUUGGACUGAUUGCAGGAACAGGCAGCAACAUGUGCUAUAUGGAGGAGAUGAGGAACAUUGAACUGGUGGAAGGGGAUGAAGGGAAGAUGUGCAUAAACACAGAGUGGGGAGGAUUUGGAGAUAAUGGCUGCCUAGAUGACAUCCGGACCCAGUACGACAAGGAGGUGGACGAGGGGUCCUUGAAUCCUGGCAAACAGAGAUACGAGAAAAUGACCAGUGGGAUGUACCUGGGGGAGAUCGUGCGGCAGAUCCUGAUUGACUUGACCAAGCAGGGUCUCCUCUUCCGAGGGCAGAUUUCAGAGCGUCUCCGGACCAGGGGCAUCUUUGAAACCAAGUUCUUGUCUCAAAUUGAAAGUGAUCGGCUGGCCCUCCUCCAGGUCAGGAGGAUCCUGCAGCAGCUUGGCCUGGACAGCACGUGUGAGGACAGCAUCGUGGUGAAGGAGGUGUGCGGAGCUGUGUCCCGGCGGGCGGCCGAGCUCUAUGGUGCCGGCCUGGCCGCCAUCGUGGAGAAAAGGAGGGAAGACCAGGGGUUUGAGCACCUGAAGAUCACCGUGGGUGUGGAUGGCACCCUGUACAAGCUGCACCCGCACUUUUCUCGGAUAUUGCAGGAAACUGUGAAAGAACUAGCUCCUCGAUGUGAUGUGACUUUCAUGUUGUCAGAAGAUGGGAGUGGAAAGGGAGCAGCUCUGAUCACUGCUGUGGCCAAGAGGUUACAGCAGGCGCGGAGGGAGAACGUGAAGAGAGAACAAAAACUUCGGAGUAUUCAGCCCCAGGAUGAAGAAGCAUUGAUUGCCAGGGAGCCCUGUAGGAAACUUUUCAUGCUUAAAUGCUAAUUGUCACCAUUUGCUGAAGCAGGAUGUUCAGACAGACAGAAUGGAGGAGGCUGGAGGAGGGCAUCACAGCCCCUGCUGCUGAGAGCGGAAGAGAAGAAAGGACCUAGGCACAGCAGGUGUCCUCCCCACCAUGGGGCAGACCUGCCAGCGAGGAUGGCUUCCCUAGGAUCAUGAUUUCUGUGGAGCUUCUUUGAUUUGGGGCCCGCUUAGAAGAGGGCAUGGCUUUUCAUUUCAUGAACAGCAAACGUUUGAGCACCUAUUCUAUGCGAGGCAGGACAAGAAGUGCUGAAAAGAUAGGAUGCGUGGUUGGGAUUUCCUCUUGUGCUCUGUCACUCUGGUUUCCACUCCUUCUCACCCACUGAGAGUGGUUUUGUAAGAGUCCCAAGAACAGCAAGAGAGGGCAAGCCCCAGCACAAGCAAUUUUUCAAGCCUCCGCUUUCAUCCUGUUGCUGUUGUGCUACUGUCCAAAGCGAGUCACACAGCCAAUCCCAGAGUCACUGUGGGAGGAGACAACAUGAGAGCAUAGAUACAGAGAGGUGAACUGUUGUGGCUGUUUUUUGCAAAUAAUUUACUAUAUCCUCCUUAUCCCUUCAGCUGCCAUCAUGAAGAAAUCAACAUGGCCCUGUCUCUUGAUUGGCAUCAGCUCUCCAAAUCUGUGAGGCAGGGGAAGUUGUAAAAAGGUUAUGGAAGGGUGGGGUGCUAACUCACCAAGGAUGCUAACUCAUCAAGCUGGUCACUGCUGUUGCCCACAUUCCCUCCAUGUUUAUCUGGGAAGCAUCUCACCCUGCAAUUUUGGGGACACGGUGGGGCGGGGCCAGAGGUCCAGCAGAGACAGACCCCUGUGUUCCCAUAGCUCCCCUACACGCCUCUCUAGCAGUUCAGCCAGCUGUGUUUUCAUUAUUGAUGAGCACAUGCAUCUUCUCUAGAGGACUGUGGGUUCCCUGAGGUCAGAGCCACGGUGGUUUUUCUGUCUUUGAAUCUCCGCCUCCUAGCACAGUGCCUGGCACAUUUGUAAGUACCUAAUAAACGCUGAUAUAAAUAGAUCUGUGAAUCGAAGAUUUCUGAGCUCUGCUGCAUUUCAUCCAGAGAAUCACUUAUCAUUGUAGAAUUUGCUUAGGUAUUUCAAUGUUACUUGUAACUACUUUUGCUUUCUGAGCGUGGUUGGUUAAUUUUAAGCACCAAUAUGCUGUGAAUGCAAGUUGCAUGCCUUUAUAACACCUUAUCUUGUCCUGUCUUGAAGGGUACAGCAACUGAAAGUCCAAUUCAGCCCCCGCUCACUCAAAGUAAGGUAAGAAACCUAAAUGUUCUUUCCAUUUUCUUCUGUAACGUUUUCUGUAAGAGAAACAUAUUGUACGGCACUUCUCUUUGGGAAUUCUGAUCAUGGCUUUAGUGAGAAGCCCUGUAAUAGAUUCUGGGGUGAGGAAGAGCACUUACCUCUAGCUGCUCCCGCUGGGCCCAGCCCGCUGCCACAGAGCAGGGACUUUCUGAGGGACCCUUGUUACUAGGCUCCCUUAUUAGCCCUUUCUUAGAAGCAAAAUGCUAAGCAUCAGAACUCCACACUCCAGCCUUGGAGCUGCAUGGCACGCCGACUGUGGGAGAGACUCUGGGGGAGGGACUGGAAAGGUCUCUCCCCUCUCUUGUCUGGUGCAAUGUUCAGGAUCAGGCAUGCCAGGAAAUUGGCGCCCAUCCCUUCUGCACCAGAGCAUGGACAGGUUUCAGAUUUUCCCUACUGGCAUUUCCCUUAUGGUUCCAAAACAGAAUUUUCUGUGCCAUUUGUGGUGCCCCCCCACCAACCCUCCCUCCCAUUCCUCAAGCUGGCACUUUACAGUGUCUUUAAAAUUCAACAGGGAGUUCCCUGGUGGCCUAGUGGUUAGGAUUCUGGGCUUUCAGUGCUGUGGCCUGGGUUCAAUCCCUGGUUAGGGAACUGAGAUCCUGCAAGCCAUGCCGGCAUGGCCAAAAAAUAAAAAUAAAUUGCAACAGAGUAUAUCUGAGGUGGGUUGCUUCAUGCAAAGGUGGUCAGGUGGAGUCUUUAUUAAAAAAAAAAAAUUAACUUAUUUAUUUAUUUAUUUUUGGCUGUGUUGGGUCUU